AUGAACACAACAGACCUACUUUGGACCAUGGACAACUAUCAGGAAGCUUUCACAAAAAACAUUUUAAUUGUUUUUUUAGCUGUAAUCAUUAAUUUCAUAAAUGUGAUGUUAGUGAUCACUUUCUUUCUAAAUCCAGUGUUUCACAGCGAACCCAGAUACGUUUUAUUCAACAAUCUUGUAAUCAAUGACAUCCUUAUGAUUUGCAUAUCAGUGUCUUUGUAUGUUUUAAUAUAUGCAGUCCCUAAUUUAAAUGUUUCUGUUUGUUGUACACUAUUAGCAAUAGCAUCAACUAGUUUUAUGAGCACUUCUUUAAAUUUGACUGGUAUGGCAUUAGAACGUUACAUUGCCGUCUGUAAACCACUGCACCACUCACAGAUCUGCACACUGAAGAGGACGUAUAUUGUCAUCUGUUUGAUAUGGGGGGUUGGAGCAAUUCCUGCAUUGGCGGACAUCAUCAUAAUUGCUUUAAUGAAGCCCUGGUCUUUUUUUAAUUCUUUUAUCUUCUGUCAACCAAUAGUUAUAUACAACACAAAGUAUCAUACACAAAGAGCAAUUGUCACACAGUCCCUGUACUUGUUUGUGGUGUGGAUAACUUUGAUCUAUACUUACGUUAGAGUUUAUUUCAUAGUCAAAAGAUCCUCAUCAAGUCAUCAUCAAAGUUCAGCCAAAAAGGCCCGAAACACAAUACUUUUGCACGGUGGUCAGUUGCUCCUCUCUAUGUGUUCUUAUUUGUCACCUGUCUUGGAUAAGCUGUUAAUUCCACUUUUCCCAACUCAUCGAUCUAAUAUAGCUUUCUUUACCUAUCUAAUUACAAACAUUGUACCUAGGCUCCUGAGCCCCCUAAUUUAUGGAGUUCGAGACCAGAAGUUUGCAAAAUAUAUCAAAAGCUACUUUACUUGUAAUGUGGUUAGGUUAAAAUUUAAAUCAGCCAUACUAGGUUAA